UAACUAUACAUAUAUAUUUUUUAUUUUCUAGUUAGCAUUGUGGAAUAUUUAAAAACUUGUUGCUUAAAUUUAAAUUUUUACAAAACAUUAAGUGUUGCAAAAGAUCUGCAGACUAAGCAGCUGGCAACAAUUGGAAAGGGGCGCACGAAUAACUUUACAAAGGGAUUUUCAUUUUGUCUUUUUUACUAUUCUAUUGAAUUAGAAAUGUAAGGCUUUUAAUGAAGUUUAAGCUUAAUUUGUAGACUAAAUAUGAUAUUUUUCAUUUUAUGUAGCUCUUUCCCAAUACCAUUUGAAAACACUUCAGAUUUAAGCACUUUACAACACAGGCUAAUACGGCUGAAUAAUUUGUUGAUUGAUUUGCCGUAAAAUCUAAAUAUUAAUUAACAAAAUUAGACAAAAAUGUCAAAGGUAACUGUACAGGACAUAGAGGCAGUGGACGACUACUGGGGGCCCACUUUUCGGUCGAUUCUCGAGGGAAACAAUACAAAACAGAUAAGCGAACAAUUGGACCAGCGGAUUCGGAGUCACGACAAGGAGAUUGAGCGGAUAUGCAACUUGUACUACCAGGGCUUCAUUGACUCCAUACAGGAGCUGCUGCAGGUGCGCACACAGGCCAAGCAGCUUCAUGACGAGGUGCACUCGCUGGACACCUCGCUGCGCCAGAUUAGUGCCUCGCUGAUUCAGCAAGGCAACGACCUGGUUCGAGCCCGCCAAAUAGAGUCUAACUUGGCCAGCGCUAUUGAGGCUCUGAAGUCCUGCCUUCCCGCGCUGGAGUGCUACAUGAAGUUCACGCAGCAGGCUAAGAACAAGCAGUACUACCAGGCUCUGCGUACUUUGGAGACGCUGGAAACGGAGCACUUGUCACGGUUGAAAACCCACAACUACCGGUUCGCCACCCAGAUGCAGAUUCAGAUCCCAAUUAUAAAGGAAAACAUCCGUCGUUCCUCCGCCUUGGAUUUCCGCGAGUUUUUGGAAAACAUCCGAAAGUUCUCUCCGCGUAUCGGGGAGCUGGCCAUCACCCACACUAAACAGCUCCAGAAACGGGAUAUCAACGCCAUCAUCGCCGAGCACAUGCAGCAAGCGAACGGCGACGCAGCCGACGAUGACGCCAAUGUGAGUGCCCAGGACCUCAUCGACUUUUCGCCCAUUUACCGCUGCCUCCACAUUUAUAUGGUCCUUGGGCAACGGGAGUACUUUGAAAAAGACUACCGCCAGCAACGGCGCGACCAGGCCAAGCUUGUGCUCCAACCGCCCCCCAAUAUGCACGAUAAUUUGGAGGCUUACAAGACCUAUAUAUGCGCGAUUGUGGGUUUCUUCGUUGUGGAGGAUCAUGUGAAGAACACCGCUGGCGAUGUGGUGACCAAUAGCUACUUAGAGGACCUGUGGUCGAGCUCUCUGACCAAGUUCAUGAACGAGAUCAGCAUGAGCUCCUCCUCCUGCACUGACCCGAACAUCCUUCUGCGCAUCAAGAACUUGAUAAUGCUUUCCAUCAACACGUUCAAGUGCUAUGGCUACACUGUUAACAUUCUCUGGGAGUUGCUCCACAAUAUGCGGGAUCAUUACAACGAGGUUUUGCUGCAACGAUGGGUGCACGUUUUCCGCGACAUUCUUGACAAGGAGCAGUUUCUGCCGAUGGUGGUCCAGAACCCUGAGGAAUAUGAAGCUAUUCUGGAGCGCUUUCCUUUCCACUCUGACCAGCUUGAGAAUGCACCGUUCCCCAAGAAGUUUCCCUUUUCGCGCAUGGUUCCGGAGGUGUAUCACCAAGCCAAGGAGUUUAUGUACGCCUGCAUGAAGUUUGCUGAAGAGCUAACCCUGUCGCCCAACGAAGUAGCAGCCAUGGUGCGAAAAGCGGCCAAUCUCUUGUUAACGCGAAGCUUCAGCGGAUGCCUGUCGGUGGUUUUCCGCCAGCCCAGCAUCACACUGACGCAGCUUAUCCAAAUAAUCAUUGACACGCAGUAUCUGGAGAAAGCUGGUCCGUUUCUCGAUGAGUUUGUCUGUCACAUGACCAACACGGACCGAAGUGUGUCACAGACUCCCUCGGCCAUGUUCCAUGUGGCUCGACAGGAUGCUGAGAAACAGGUUGGCCUUCGCAUCUGCUCCAAGAUCGACGAGUUCUUCGAGUUGAGUGCCUACGACUGGCUACUGGUGGAACCACCGGGCAUAGCCUCUGCCUUCAUCACCGACAUGAUUUCGUAUCUGAAGAGCACCUUCGACAAUUUCGCCUUUAAGUUACCUCACAUCGCCCAGGCAGCCUGCCGGCGCACCUGCGAGCACAUUGCCGAGAAGAUAUACUCCAUAAUGUACGACGAUGACGUAAAGCAGAUUUCCACGGGGGCGCUGACCCAAAUCAACUUAGAUCUUAUGCAGUGCGAGUUCUUUGCAGCAUCAGAGCCCGUUCCUGGACUAAAGGAAGGCGAGCUGAGCAAGUACUUCUUGCGCAACCGCCAACUGUUGGAUCUGCUUAUUCUCGAGGAGUGGAGCACGUACUUCCAUGACUACGGAAAGCAGGAGAACCGCUACCACCUGGUCCAGCCUCAGUCGAUUAUUGUGAUCCUAGAGAAGAUCCGAGAGGCGGACAAGAAACCAAUUUUCUCGCUGGUGCGCAAAAACGACAAAAAGAAGUUGCUGGAAACAGUUCUCAAGCAGUUGAAGCACAUCGCCGAAAGGCAGAACUAGGAGGGUUUUUUGAGUUUUAGAUCGCCUUUCUUUAAUUUAUUAUUUUAAGCUAAAUCGGCUCUCAUAUGGAAAAGUAUUUAGUAAUCAUUAAGUUUUGAUUCGAUUUGUUUUUAUAAAAGACAAAUUUCUAAUUGAAACUGCUCGACCCGUACAACGAGUAAAAUUGUAUUCUCUAUUUUGAUUUGUAUGUACAAAAAGCGGGUUAAUUUUUAACUCUUUUUUUUCUGUUUACGUACGGAUUUAAAAUAGGAAUAAAAUUAUAAAUGAGGGCAGAGAAAAACAGAGAAACGGCUAAAUAACAAAUUGUAUAUAAUUAUUAGAUGUAUGUAGCGUACGUGUAUGUGUAGGUAUAUUCCGAACAUUUUAGUAGUAAACUAACUUCUAUGUUACGUA